UCUCCGCCGGGCUCCGAGCGGUCGCUUUGAGCAUCGGUAUGACACAGAGAAAGAGAAAGGAAACAGUUGUUGCGUUCCUGCAUGGCCAAGUACAGUAGUACCGUGCAAAGUGCUUUAUCUGUCACAUUUCCUACUCAUUACGUGGUGUUCUUGGAAUUCCCGUUUCACAGAUUCUUAAGCAAAGGUCAGCUGAUUUGGUUUCACGUAGCCAGUGAGUGGCAGAAGGAGAUUCAAACCGAGCAGAGUUUGGCUCCAAAUCGGAGCUCUGUUCCUCAGCCAGCCUUCACUUCCGUCCUCUGGGCUCUGGCGGGAACAGUUCUUCAGCCAAACCCUCUCUCCAAAACAGCUGCUUCCUCUUUCUCCCCCUGAGAAUUCUCCCUUUCGAGUUCUCCACCACAGGGGUCUUUGCUCCGCUUCUGCCUUGAUUCCCUCAGAAAUGAAAUGCUGCAAACAUUUUUUGAGUGGUGCAGAAAGAUGAACACUCCAAGUCAAGAACCUUGGAUUCUUGUCCUGGCUCUGCCCCUAACUGGCUGUUCAGUCUUGGCAGGCUCUCCGUGGAGGCCCAGACCCCUCUGCUCCCCAUGGGCAGCUGCCAGGCAGGGCACAACCUGCAUCUCUGUCUGGCUCACCACCCACCUCUGGUCUGUGCCAAUCUGAUCCUGCUGCUGCUUGGCCUCUCAGGCCUGGGCCUUGGCAGAUUCCUGCUCACCCACAGGACCAGCCUGCGCAGCCCUGACAUCCCUCAGGAUUGGGUCUCCUUCUUGAGAUCUUUUGGCCAGCUGACCCUGUGCCCUGUGAAUGGGACAGUCAUAGGGAAGUGGCAUGGGUCUCACGUCGUGGGCUUACUGACCACCUUGAACUUCGGAGAUGGUCUGGACAGGAACAAGACCCAGACAUUCCAAGCCAAGGUCUUGGGUAGUCAGAUUGGCCUGAAAGGGUCUUCUGCAGGAGAGCAGGUCCUCGUUACAGCCAGGGUAACCACCGAAAGGACCCCAGGAACGUGCCUGUAUUUUAGCACUGCUCCAGGAAUCCUGCCCCCUAGCCAGCCGCCCAUACCCUGCUCGGAGGAGGGCGCGGGAAAUGCCACUCUGAGCCCGAGGAUGGCUGAGGAGUGCAUCAGGGUGUGGAGUCACGAAGGCUUUGUGCUCACCAAACUGCUCACCUCGAUGAGGAAACUGGCUGAGAGAGAGGGAGUGAGUUGCCCAAGACCACAGCACUGGAGGAGCUGGCUCUAUGUGGCUCCAGGCUGCUGGUCUUGGGCUCCUGCCUGCUUCUCUUCUGUGGCCUUCUCUGCUGUGUCACUGCUGUGUGCUUCCACCCACGCCGGGAGCCCCACUGGUCUCGAACCCGGCUCUGAGGGCCCUGUUCUCAGGUCUGCAUCAACUUCUUGGGCCUUGGUUCUGAGUUGGAUGAGAUGUUACAAACAGUGAAGCGCUGAGAUGUGGGGUGAAAUAAAAGGCCUUUUUACACCCA